GUGAGGCGCGGAGGCCGGCUCUCGCAACUCAAGAUGGCGGACGAGAGUGAGACAGCAGUGAAGCCGCCGGCACCUCCGCUGCCGCAGAUGAUGGAAGGGAACGGAAACGGCCAUGAGCACUGCAGCGACUGCGAGAACGAGGAGGACAACAGCUACAGCCGGGGUGGUUUGAGUCCAGCCAAUGACACUGGAGCCAAAAAGAAGAAAAAGAAACAAAAAAAGAAGAAAGAGAAAGGCAAUGAGACAGAUUCAGCCCAGGAUCAGCCUGUGAAGAUGAACUCUUUGCCAGCAGAGAGGAUCCAGGAAAUACAGAAAGCCAUUGAACUGUUUUCAGUGGGUCAGGGACCUGCCAAAACCAUGGAGGAAGCUAGCAAGCGAAGCUACCAGUUCUGGGACACGCAACCUGUCCCCAAACUGGGAGAAGUGGUGAACACCCAUGGCCCCGUGGAGCCUGACAAAGACAACAUCCGCCAGGAGCCCUACACCCUGCCCCAGGGCUUCACCUGGGAUGCCUUGGACCUGGGGGACCGCGGUGUGCUGAAAGAACUCUAUGGCCUCCUGAAUGAGAACUACGUGGAGGAUGAUGACAAUAUGUUCCGGUUCGACUACUCCCCGGACUUUCUGCUGUGGGCUCUCCGGCCGCCUGGCUGGCUCCCCCAGUGGCACUGCGGGGUUCGAGUGGUCUCAAGUCGGAAACUGGUUGGGUUCAUCAGUGCCAUCCCAGCAAACAUCCACAUCUAUGACACAGAGAAGAAGAUGGUGGAGAUCAACUUCCUGUGUGUCCACAAGAAGCUGCGCUCCAAGAGGGUGGCUCCGGUCCUGAUCCGGGAGAUAACCCGGCGAGUUCACCUGGAGGGCAUCUUCCAAGCUGUUUACACUGCCGGCGUGGUAUUACCAAAGCCUGUUGGCACCUGCAGGUACUGGCAUCGGUCCCUAAACCCUCGGAAGCUGAUUGAAGUGAAGUUCUCCCACCUGAGCAGAAAUAUGACCAUGCAGCGUACCAUGAAGCUCUACCGACUGCCAGAGACUCCCAAGACAGCUGGACUGCGACCAAUGGAAAAAAAGGACAUUCCAGUAGUGCACCAGCUCCUCACCAGGUACCUGAAGCAGUUCCACCUCACACCGGUCAUGAGCCAGGAGGAAGUGGAGCACUGGUUCUACCCCCAGGAGAAUAUCAUAGACACUUUCGUGGUGGAGAAUGCAAACGGUGAAGUGACAGAUUUCCUGAGCUUUUAUACACUUCCCUCCACCAUUAUGAAUCACCCAACCCACAAGAGUCUAAAGGCUGCUUAUUCUUUCUACAACGUCCACACCCAGACCCCUCUUCUAGACCUCAUGAGCGACGCCCUUGUUCUCGCCAAAAUGAAAGGGUUUGACGUGUUCAAUGCCCUGGAUCUCAUGGAGAACAAAACCUUUCUGGAGAAGCUCAAGUUUGGCAUAGGGGACGGCAACUUGCAGUAUUACCUUUACAACUGGAAGUGCCCCAGCAUGGGGGCAGAGAAGGUUGGGCUGGUGUUACAGUAAUCAGUUGCCAGUGAGAUUCUGGAUAAAGCCACUGAGAAUUCAAACCAGAAAAUGGAACCCCACCACUUGUCGGUCCAACUUUCACAAACGUGAGAAUCCCUGGCAAAGGGAACAGAACUGAACCGGCUUUACCAAACCGCCGCUGAACUUGACAAUUGUAUUGCAUUACGAUGGCGUAGGCUGCGCGAUGUCACCUCUGGCCGUGUCUCUGGUCUCCCUGUUUUCCAAUUAAUCACAUCCUUACGCAGCCGUGAUCAAGGGAAUGUAACUGCUGAAAACUAGCUCGUGAUUGGCAUAUUAUGGAGUUAACGGGUGAAUAAUAAAAGUAUAUAUAUAUAUAUUAUAUAUAUAUAAAUAUUUUAAAUAUCUUUCGUGUUCCAAAUGUACAAGGAUGCUCGGUCUCUAAUGAAAAACUGAAUCCAGAUCAUUCCUCAAAAUUAGAAUGCAAGGACAGUGCCAGACAAACACAUACUGGUACAGUGAAUUGUUUCGUUCUGAAAAGCAGGCAUUGACUUUUCUUAGGGGAGCAGGAGAAAGAGGAUGUGGGGAAUCUUAACCGGUCUCCCUUCUGGAUGGGCUGGAAUGCUUAUCUUCGAGAAGGCAGGGUAAGGUGGAGGGACUGUGCUGACCUUGAGGAGGGCUCAGAACUCCCAGGGCUGCAGGUGGAGUCCUGGGUGGGGCUGUCCCUACUCAGAGGCUGUCCUGCAGGGGCUGGUCCUUUUCUGCACUCUGAAACUGGGCAGCGGGGACCAUCUGUGGAAACAGAUUUCUUUUAUGGAGUCCCUUCUUCCCUCUUCGCUCUGCUCCCUGUGGAAAGUUGUCCUGCCAACUGAUUUUAAAGGGCUCUUUAGCCAGCUGUUGCCAACUUUAUACGGAUGAGUCCCCUGUGAGAUUGAUUUUCCACUGCCUGGGGUGACUGGCAGUUUGAAGGGGACCUUUGACCUCCUUGUAGCAUCUGGGACCUUGUGGAGACCGUACCAGUGCAAUCCUUGCUCGGCUCAUCUUAGAGCGAAGAGCCAGCACCCUGACCACCCUAGGGUGUCUGGCCAAGGAUGGCGUGGGGCUGAUACCCAGAGCCCUUCAGCCACCAGCCUAUGGCCUGUGCCUUCCAGUCCAUUAGCCAGCUCUUGUGCUCCUGUCCAAGACGCACAACCUGCAAGUCGUAGCAAGGAGCGGUGGCCAGACACCGAUCUGGAUUUUGACAGCAGAAAUGAUCUUGUGUCACCAUUGUCUGAAUCUGGUUUUCUCUGAUGAUGUGUUGGGGAUUUUUGUGGUAGUGGUGAUGGCUGUUGAUGCUGCCAGUUUCCCCAAGGGCGAUGGAGCCUCGGGUCACGAGGCUGUCUGUGCAGGCUUUCCUCAGUUGUGCUCAGUCAGGUAUCCUGGGGAGGACUGGGCUGUGGAGUUGCCGGCAGCCCACAUCCAAGCAGGCCUGUGUAACUGCUCUAGGAGGAAGUAAAUGGGAGGUGGUGUGGGCCGGUUUCCUGGCUGCUUGCACUUCUCGGCUCCUUGUAGGGGGAAGGAAGCCUUAGCCAGGAGGCCAUGCUCUGCAGGCUAACGGAGCCGAGUUUCAGGCUGUGGGUUCCCGCGAGGUUUGCCAGAGGCUAGCCGGGCAGGGUCCCCAGAGCUGGAGGAGAUCGUGUGCUUGGGCUGGGGGCCGCGCCACCUGCCCUGCCGGCUGUGCAGACUGCUGCCGCCGCUCCGAUGUAUUGCAUUUUCGUCAGCAGCCUCUAGGGGCCUCCCUUCUCCUCGUUGCCCCUGUGCUGCCCACUGCAUGCACCAGCGAUCGUGGCUGACUUUUGACUCCUUGACUCCAAGAUACCCAGACCAAAGAAGCUGCUGUUCUUAGCACGAUGUGCACUGCAUUCCGCAGACGGGAGGAGUCGGAGAGACCGGGGCUUGCCUUUACAGCCUCACAGACAUCAGACACCCAGCGCCCCAAGUCCCAGAGCAGCUCAUCCUGUGCGAGCACCUGAGGAUAUCAAAGAACAAAGUGCCCGACUCGUUCUUACCUUGGGCAGGACCUGGAACUUGGAAAGGUUCCCCGUCGUAAGCCUGGGCAGCGGCAGCUCUGGGCCAGGUCCCGGUCCAAGCUGCCCGCUGAAAGUUGGGGUGCACAACAGCCCCUGGAGCGAGCUUUGCUUUGGCUAACCCGGUUCUGGAAUGGAAACUCUGAGUCCCUGGCUGCUAUAGAAGAAACAGAUCUCCGGGAAAGGCCUCCGUGUCUCCCUGCAAAACCAUGUGGCCUGCUCCUUGGACUCUGCAUGGUAGGCACCCUGCCCAGCCCUCCACACUGCCUCCCGGGUCUGUGGGAGUCGGCUUGGUGCCUGCUGUUCGUCUCUCUUUUUGUCCAGACAGAUCCCACGUUCUUCACUCAGCCCCUUCCAGGACUUCUGGUCAGAGAGCUCAGAGAGAAGCAUUGUUUGGGGUUCAGGGCUCCUCACGAGGAGCCUUGCAGGAUGGUGGGGGCUCCAAGCUCAUCACCUCGGACCUGCUUCAGGCAGCCGUUGUUGGAAGUUCUCCCAGGGAUGGCCCUCACCCUCUGCCACCAGUACUCCCUGCUGCCACCCUGGGCUUUUGGACUCCAUGUUUCCAGACGUUUGCUUCCUGCUUUUGGAUUGACUCUACAUUUGAUCCCCUCGCACAUUCCCAUGGCCUCCGACCUCUUUGUAGGGGAGAAAGCUGGUUAGAAAGGAAGCCUCAGUUCCGGAUGGAGGUGUACCUAGGGUUGUUUCCCCCGCACAUGCCUACUUUCAAAGAUGCUAACGUUUGGUUUGAAGGCUGGCCCACACCAAGCCACCUCAACACCCAGGUUUGUGGGAAAUUCAGGCCUUGCCUGCAAUUCUCAUGUAACUGUCAUGGCCCCCCCUUACUUGCUGCUCACUGAAGCCUAGGGGUGGGGGUCCCUGUGGUCUGAAUUCUUUGCCCAAAGAUGACCAGCAUUUAACCAACGGAAAAGAUACCCAAAGGCCUGGGUAGCUUCACAGAGCUGCAGUCUGGGAGAGGGCCAGGGCCUGACUGUUGGGCUAGGAGAGGGGGCAGGAGCACAUCCCUGGCCGGUGCCUACCCACCCGGGGGUCAGCCUUCUUGUGGCCUGGCCUGCCUGCCCUAGAACCAGAGUCCUCUUCGGUUUUGCCCCACCGCAAAGCAAAGGCAGGCCCACCAACAGGCUGUGCUCCAGGAGGCUGUGUGAGACAGUCUCAUUCAAUUAAACUCAAAAAUACUAACUGCAGGCAAGGUGCCGAAUCUGGGAACAGGGAAGGGGGAAGCUUCACUUUUGUCUGGGCUUUUCUCUGGGCUGUGGGAGGGGCAUCCGUUUCCAGGGCGGGGAAGUACCAAACGCAUUGUAGUUCCACUGGUUACGUCUCACUUGUUUCUAAUAAAGGAAGCAGCUGAACCAAA